CUUAGAGAUAUCUCAUACAGAAGCCAACAAUCUCUACAUAGCCACCUUCUUCCGCUGGCGCUCUGCUCCUUCCUCGGGCUUUCAUGGCGGCUGGUGUUUGCUCAGACCAUCGUGAAGAUCGUCCAAGCGGGGUCGGAAAUGCGGAGGAGAGGCAGAUUGUGCAAGUUUAGCAACCAGAUCCAGGUCUGUGUUUCCAUUCUGAUGGAUCCUUUGUGAAAGAAGGACGCACGCGGGCCAGCUCAAGAGGAGCAGCGACAGAGUUCGUAGCAUCGUAAAUCUGGACGGGGACGAUAUGGAGACGCUGAGUGUUAACGGGAGGGACGGACGGGAGGGACGGCAGCGGGGGGUGGUGGGGGGAGUCGAAAGCAUACUAAGCAUCAUAAAGUGUGGAUGCAGCCUCGAGCUGGAGAAAGACAGCAAGGGGGGCAGGCGGCUCAGGUUGGAAAGAAGGGGACCAAUUCGAAUGGCAGUGGGGAUUUAUGCGUGGGCGAGCAUCUGGCGCAAGGAGAAGCGGAGAUCACCGGGCCAACUUCUCCUGGAAAGGGACUUCUGCCGCAGCCCUGGCAGCUGGUCCAGGACCAAGAAGAAGCUCAGCGGAGCAGCCAAGUGCCGCCGGCGGGACACUUGCAUCAAGGGGUUGCUAAGCAAGGGCCGAUGAUGGGGCCUCAGCUGGGGGAUCAGGUGGCCUCUGCGGGGGGUCCUCAGGAGGGGACCGGCCUGCCCCCGGAAGGGGGUCCGCAGGAGGUCGCUGAGCAGGAUAAGCGAAGGGCGGUGACAAAGAGAGGGGGACGUACCGCGAGACACAAAAUGAAGUCCAACGCCGCGCUGGUGGCGCGUCGUCCCCAACAUGCUGCCCUUCUAGCACAAACAGGCCACCCUUGGCAUCCACAUCUACCCCAACCUCAAACCCCCCAUUGCCCUCGGUAGAGGGCCGCCGCUCGAGCCACAACAACACCCUCCUCUCUUGGCCAGCUGCACCUGGUUCCCUUCCAUCCAACCUCGGCCAUUUUUCCCGACUGCAAGUGGACCCCAGCCUCACCCCCAGAACUAUGAAUUCCGCCCAACCAGCGGUCCGCAAGUCUCCCCAAUCCAACCUCACCUUCCCCAGAAUGUGGCCCCUGACAGCAGACCCCAGUGCAGCCUUCGCCCCCCCAGCCUGCCGUUCUUUUACUCUGCAGCAAACCCGGGACGCACUCAGAUUGGUCGGGGCAUGCCGCCUGGAUCGGGAUCUGCGAAUCAGGUCCAGGGUGCAUUUCCGCGCCAUCAUUCGGGGACGCCGGGAGGCCCUCUGCCGUCCCUGGGAAGCCCACCCCCGCAGCAGACGCUGUUUCAGCGGCCUGCGCCCCCUCCAAACCUAGGAGCUGGCCCCCAGAUGCACGGGCAACCGUCCCCCGAGCCUCCGGAUGAUGCAGCACGGCAACCAGGAGGGCGUGCCGGCACUGGUCCCACUGUACCCGAGCGUCUGAUCCGGUUGAUGAGCUAUGGAAGGGAGCGCCUGCUGGAGGAGCUGCGGAGCAAUCAGCUCCCGAGUGAUGACGAGAAU